GGGUGGCUCGGGAGGGCCCGCUCGGCGCGGCGGCGGCGCGGCGCUCCGGGGGCAGCCGGAUGUCGGGGCUUUAAUUCAGGAUGAACGAAUGCUACUAUGAUAAGCGCAUGGACUUCUUUUAUAACAAGACAAACACUGACACAGUAGAUGAGUGGACAGGACCAAAGCUUAUCGUUGUUCUGUGUUUUGGGACAUUUUUCUGUCUCUUCAUUUUCAUUUCAAAUUCAUUGGUCAUAGCAGCCGUGGUGAAGAACAGAAGGUUUCAUUUCCCCUUUUACUAUCUCCUGGCCAAUCUAGCCGCUGCAGACUUUUUUGCUGGUAUUGCCUAUGUCUUCCUGAUGUUCAACACUGGCCCAGUGUCUAAGACGUUAACUGUUAACCGCUGGUUUUUGCGUCAGGGUCUUCUGGACACCAGCCUGACAGCUUCCCUGGUGAAUCUUCUCGUCAUCGCCGUUGAGCGGCACAUGUCGAUAAUGCGGAUGAAGAUCCACAGUAAUCUCACGAAGAAAAGAGUCACUUUUUUAAUUAUAUCCAUUUGGGCCAUUGCUAUUUUCAUGGGUGCCGUUCCUACCCUGGGUUGGAACUGCCUCUGUGACAUUACUGCCUGCUCAUCCCUGGCGCCUAUUUACAGCAGAAGUUACCUGGUGUUCUGGAGCAUCUUAAACCUGGUUGUCUUCGUCAUUAUGGUGGUGGUUUACAUAAGGAUCUACAUGUAUGUCCAGAGGAAAACUAAUGUCUUGUCAUCUCACACUAGUGGAUCCAUUAGCCGUAGAAGAACCCCUAUGAAGCUUAUGAAGACUGUCAUGACUGUCUUAGGUGCUUUUGUUGUCUGCUGGACCCCUGGCCUGGUUGUCUUACUGCUUGAUGGUCUGAACUGCACCAACUGUGGGAUUCAGGAUGUUAAAAGAUGGUUUCUUCUCCUGGCCCUGUUGAACUCUGUCAUGAAUCCAAUAAUUUAUUCUUACAAAGAUGAUGAAAUGUGGGGUACUAUGAAAAGGAUGAUUUGCUGCUUCUCUGAGGAUAAAAGCCAGGAGAGACGCUCCUCACGGAUCCCCUCAACAGUUCUCUGCAGAAGCACAGAUACCUCGGGACACUACAUUGAAGAUGGCAUUAUUCAAGGGACAGUUUGUGGAAAAGGAGAGCUUGGUGACAAAGGAAACUCCUGAGCUGUUCACGGGACUGACUUGGCUGGAAAAGGAGGAGAGGGGGAAGGGAGAGGUUUUGUAAGAGAAGAUUGACUGGCAAAGCUAGUAAACAAUAUAUCCACUUUGUUCCAGAGCCUAAACUCCAGUGUUAACAAAAGUUCUUAUAAAUAAUUGCCUGGUGGAAAAACACUUUGUAAUGAAGAAAACUUUCUGUGCUGCUGUCUUUCUCUUUUUUUUUUUUUUUUU